AUGCCGGAAGAAACGCCCAAAUUGGCAAGCUAUAAGCGUAUCAUCCUGUGCUCAGACGGCACAUGGCUUGCGUCCGAUACGGGCGAAAAGUCCAACCCUUCGAACGUCGCCAAGUUGGCUCGAGCGGUUUCGAACAGUGGCCCUGAUGCUAAAGGUAAUAUCGUCAAGCAGAUCGUGUCAUACCAUUCCGGCCUUGGAAGCGGAGACCUUCCAUUUCAGAAAGCCAUCUACGGCGGCUUCGGCUGGGGUCUCGACAUCGAGGUAUCUCAAAUCUAUGAUUUCAUCUCGAAUAACUACGAGCCUGGCGAUGAGCUGUUCUUCUUUGGCUUCUCGCGUGGGGCUUUCACCGUGCGCUCGGUCGCCGGCCUGGUCUGCGACGUCGGCGUCCUUUCAGCUGUGCACAUGUCCCGCUUCACGGAGAUGUGGGAAGCCUACCGAGCGAAUACUAGCGGUGAGCCCUUUAGGAAUUCAGCGUGGUAUCUGAAUAAUAAGGAAGACCUGGGUCUCACGGAUGUCAGGGUCAAGGUGGUUGGCGUGUGGGACACCGUUGGAGCUCUGGGGAUCCCAGAAUGGCCCGUUGUGAGUUGGGCGACAAAAGCUGGCCUCCCAAUCAACAUGCGGUACGCAUUCCAUAAUACGAGGGUAUCAAAAAAUCUAGACUAUGCUUUUCAAGCCCUCGCUAUUGACGAGAAACGACUGACCUUCCCUCCUACCCUGUGGCACAAGACUGCUGACGGUCCUGCGAAAAAUCUGCAGCAAUGCUGGUUUCCCGGCGUCCACGGCAACAUCGGCGGCCAAAGAGACGGUUUGCAUGCCUCGGCUGACUUUGAAGAGGUCGGUCACAACACAUUUGCGUGGAUGGUGGACAAUCUCUCUAACAUGCUCACGUUUGAGGAUGCCGCGAUCAAGAUUCUGAUCAAGGAGCAUAAGCAGGCGCUCAAUUCCAUCAAUAUUCCCAGCGGCUGGGGCUGUGGACCGAUCGUCGACAAUUUCUCUGGGCUGCAAGGCCUCUUCUUCUGGUUUCUUGGGAAGAAAGACCGCGCACCGGGCAGUUAUCCUCGGGACCCAGGCGACGGCACUAGUGGCGCCACGAAUGAGUAUUUCCACCCUAUCACCCGAAUCCGCAAGGAAAUCCUUGGCUACAACCCAAUGCCAUUGCGGGGAUAUUCCAUCGAGAGACCCCAUGGCAGUGCGGGGUGGAAGUGGGUGAAGAGCGGCGUCCAGUCGAUACCUGAGUACGUGAUGCACCCGGAGAAGAAGAUGAGCGUCGCGUACGAAGAGAAUGGGAGGGUGAAGUAUCGAGUCGAGUCGAGUUUAUCGAGAUUGCUGUGCCCGGAGAACAUCCUGUUGGAUCUGGAUAGAGACAAUGGGAUAUAA